CCAUGAGUUCCUUGCCGCUUGAUGCAAGCUUUCACUCACUGGUGGACCAAGAUGAGAUCAAUUAUAAAGUGGUACAACAGCUCAAUGCUAUAUUUGGGAAGGACAUCAAGAACCUACAUAAAGUUAAAGAUCUUGUUGAGGAGUUGACUAAAAGUAAAGAUGAACUAGAAAAAAGGCUGAGGUUUGCUACAACUGAAGCCCCUGAUAGGAUAUCCAAGGCAGUCAAAGCUGCAGAUGAAGCUCUAGCCAAAGAAGCAAGAAUUCUUGCAACAAUUGAUGAACUUCAGAAAGAGGUUGAUGCUCAUACUAAAAAGUAUACCAAAAUUUUAGAGAACAUUGGACCUCGUGUGCGUACAGUGAUUGAACUCGAGAGGGUAAAAGCUUAUAACCAAUAUAUACAUGGGGUCGAGGAGUUGAGUAAAGAAAUUGAAUCAUCUUUGCACAUUGGAGCAGAAGGCCAAGCGUUGCUUGGAUAUAGGCGUCUUUUUGAUUCAACCAAAGCAGUUCAGAGCUCCCGUUGCUUAAAUCUUGUGAAAUUUGUUACCAGUACACUUCUUCACUGGAAUCAAGUUUUCACUCAAAGAUUUACAAGUGAAUUUGAAGAUGUACUGAAGACUAUCAAGUGGCCAUUUACCAGUUCCAAUGAAGGUGUCAGCCAACCACCAGCUUCACCCGAGGCUGUACAAAGACUCUGUACACUUACACAGUAUUUGCUACAAUUAACCCUGCCAGAUGACAUAGCAAGUAAGGACAAUCAGACAGUUUUGUCUCCAGCAAUUGUGGCAGAUUUUACAACUCCAUUGCAUCCCAUACAACUUCUAGUUCGCCCUCUGGAGGUGCGGUUUUUGUUUCAUUUCACUGGCAGCAAAGCAACCAACAGUAGGGAAAAUCCAGAAUGGUAUUUCACACAAGUCCUCAAGUGGAUUGCUGCGCAUGAAAACUUCCUAAAUAUGCGCAUACAGCCUGUCCUCAACCAGUGCAAUCAUAAAAACACAUCUGCAAAGGUGGAAUUUAUGAGAGGGUUAGUUCGCUUGGUAGUGCUAAAAUUAGCCUCUGAUCUUCCGGAAGUGCAGUAUGACGAUGACACAUUUUGCUGCACCAUUCAAGAGACCCUCAAUUUUGAAAGAGAAUUGUGUGAAGCUUAUGGAUACCCUGCAUCUCAGCCUUCAGUUUUGUCUGUUUUGACUCAAGCAAAAAAUUUUGCCCGAUGGAUUCACAUAGAAAGGAAAUUUGCAUUGGAAUUAAUGGAUGAAUUAGUGUCUGAUCAGGGAGCUUGGUUAUCUUUGGAGAGUGGUGAAGCUGCACAUUGUGGAGAGCAACUAAUUCUGCUUUUACAAGGAAUUACUGAUCGUUACAAGAGGCUGCCUCAGCCAGGGCACAGAUUACAGUUCUUGGAGCUUCAAUUGGAGCUCUUAGAUGAUUUUCGUGUUCGAGUACUACAAGUAAUGAAGAGUGAAACACAAGAUCCUCUCACAUCCCAUUAUCCAGCAAUCCUCAACACUGUACACCAUAUAAUAGCAACUUUAAAUGAUUGGGGAGAUCUUCCAUUUUUUGUGGAGAUGCAGUAUUAUCAUGAGUGUUUCAACAAAAUUCAAGACCAAACUGCUGCUGCUAUUGCUGGUUAUGAAAAAACUCGAUCAUCUGUAUCUCCUGACGAUCCUUCCUCGUUCUCCUUCAUUCAGCAGGAUCUCACUCUGAUGAACAGCUCCAUUUCUCCAGAGAUUCUUGCCCGCCAGGAUGCUCUUGAAUCAUUGAAUACUAAUGCUGAAGCCCCAUCAGUCUCCCAAUUAGCUGAAGUGUCAGGGUCAGUGUUUGACUCAACUGUGGAACUUUACAGUCAUAUUGAAGGAGAAAUGAUAAGGACUCUCAGCAAUUAUGUAUUUAGCGAAGUAAGAGCACGAAGUCAGCCAUACCGCAAGGAUAAAUGGUUUUAUACCACAAAUCCAAAGGCACUGCAAAACAAUAAAAUUAAUGAACCCAGCCCAAGUAUAUGUCCAUUACUAGAGGUGUUGGCAAGACAUUUACAUGCUCUCAGAGACAUUCUUGCUUCUCCACUAUUCAUAUCAUUGUGGAAGAAAGUAGCCGACACACUCAACAAGUACGUUUAUGAAGAAGUAAUACUGCAAACCAGGUUCAGUGAUAUUGGAGCUGCUCAGCUUAAAUUUGACAUGACUCGUGGACUUUUCCCAAUAUUUGGAGAAUUUACGCAGAAACCUGAGAACUACUUUAAACUGAUAAAAGAAUCUGUCAUUUUGUUAAAUUUGCCACAUGGUACAACUUUCCUCCUUCGUGACACAAUACGCAUGUGGAAUGAUGACCAAGAUACAUUUAGUCUGGUUGUUUCUCCAGUGAAAGCCUUAGCUGAACAUGGGAUCACGGUGCUAUCUCCAAGAGAAGCUGAUACUAUUAUGAACAUAAGAAUUUAUAAUCAAGACCAAUUUAUGUAAUUACUGGCAACAUUGAAAUUUGUUUGUACUAUGGGUAUCAAAAUGCAGAACUGUACUGCAUUUUAGUAUAAUACAAGUCCGUUGGCCUUUUGUUAGUGCUGUUGUGCAAAAGAUGUAUUUAAUAUCUCCAUUAAUUAGAACACAAAAACUGCUUUUAAGGAUAGCUUUUACUUUGUUUUUAAUUUCUCUUUGAUUAUUUACAUUAGAACUAAUUGUAUAUAUGCAGAAUGUCUAACAUGGUAUUUUUUCAAGCUCAUAGUCAUUACACAUUUUUUUGAAUGGUAAUAGUAUUGCAGUAACAUAAAAAUAUAAUGUGAAUCAUAAAUGGUAGGUAAAUUCAUAUUACGAACAUUUUAAACUUUAGAAGUCAUGGUAAUUGAUUUUUUUUUUUUUACCCUGUAAUUUAAGGAUUUUGUAUUUGGGGUAGGAAAUAGGAAAUGUAGACAGUGUCAUAGUAACUUGUGUAAAAGCAAUUAAAGGUACAGUGCACACACUGCUGUACAGAACUCAAAUUUAAAUGUGAUUUAUGUCGCAUAAUCAUUCAUUGUGUUUUUAAACAGUCUUGCAUCUGUAUUUAUGAUCUAUGACAAAGUAUCAUCACCCCUUUUUGUUAGUUGAUGUCUAUCAGUUCUUGUUUAAAAAUAGAGUCAUGUUUCUCAUUACUUGUAAUUAUGUACAUAAUAUAUUUGGGCUUUGGAUUCUGGAAUAACAUUUAUUGCUUGUCAUUAACAAGAAUUUUAUGCUAACUACUGACAGUGUUACAUGUUCAUGCCUAAAAAGUUUUUCAUUGGCAUCUUAAUUUUCUACCUGGUAUCCAUAGAAAAUAUACAUUAAAUAUUUAAUCCAAACAUUAUUUGUUAAUGGAAAUUAAUCCUAUGAUAAUUUUAUCGGCUGAAAACAUAUCAUAAUAAAGGAAAGUGAUACCUUAUAAACUGUCUAUGGCAGCACUCCAACACAUCAUUACUUUCUAGUUCAAAUAGUGUUGUGUGGUCGAACAUCUUUUGCACAAACCAGUACUGCUUCUGAUGAAAUAUUUUGUUAAUUGUUGUACAUAAAUAAACUUGGAUAUGGUU